AUGACAACUGUGCAUAUUGAGAACGAUCGUGGCGAGACCAUUGUGGGCCUUUUCGAACACAGGGACAUUGACGCCAAUCGAGAGAAGCCUCGCCUCGUGUUAAUCGGUCAUGGCGUGCAAGGUCACAAGAAUUAUUUGUUUCAACGCUUGCUUGGAGAAAAACUUCCUUAUUCAAGCUUCCGUUUCGACUUUCGUGGCAACGGUGAUAGUACAGGCACUGCUGGAUAUGGCAACAUUGCGAACGAUGUUGAGGAUUAUCAUACUGUCGCCAAGUACUUUGAGGACAAGGGCUAUGAGAUUUGGGCUGUGGUCGGUCAUUCCAGAGGCUCGACGGCUGGAUUGAAGUAUGCAACCACUUGUCAGAAGCCAUUGGCCCAUUUCGUCAACGUCUCGGGUCGUUAUCAGAUGAAUGAUCCUCAGAUAUUUAGAAAUCGCCCCCACUUUUUCGAGGAAUUGGAGAAGAAGGGCUAUUUUGAGUGGAAGGCACGACGCCGAGAUCAAUACAUCACCCUUAAAAUGACUCGAGAGGAUGUUGAAAAGUUCACAAAUUGGGAUAACUCGCAUGUCGCACGCAUGCCGAGAGCGACCUGCAUGUUCACGUGUCAUGGCCUUGACGAUGAUGUUGUCCCGGUCUACAAUGCUGCCAUGUUUUCCAAUAUUGUGCCCAAUCACACGCUAAAGCUUUUCCCUGGUGCCAAUCACAAUUUCAUCGGCAAGUACGAAGAAGUCGUUCAAGCCAUCUUGGAAUACUUUGAAGAGCAUGAAAAGAACGCUUUUGAAAAAGCAAGACGUAUGGGUCAAAGCACUGGUUUGGUUAUGCCACGAUGGAUCGAUGUGGAAGGUGUCAAGAACUUUAGAGAUAUUGGUGGAUGGCCAGUGAGUGAUGGCAAGGGUUAUAUCCGGGAACGAUUUGUCUUUCGAUGUGGCCAUUUGGUGAAUGUUACUCCGAAAGGUGCCGCCGUUUUGCGACAACUCAAUGUUGUAGCUGCGUUUGAUUUUCGAUCCCAUCCCGAAAUCCAACGGCAAGGUAUCAUGGCUGAUGUCCCCGGCUUGACACGAUAUCCCUCAGCCAUUUUCAGUGAAGCUGAUUAUUCCCCCGCUGCAUUGGCAUCUCGUUGGCAAGGUUACUUUGAAGGAGCAACUGGAUUUCCCAAAGUGUAUAUGGUCAUAUUGGAGAAAGGCGGGCCCCAAUUCCGUAAAAUCUUUUUGCACAUGCUCGAGAACCAUUCUCGUGAUUCAACGAAAUCAUUGAUCAUCCAUUGUACGGCUGGCAAGGAUCGCACAGGCGUAUUCAUCAUGCUUUUAUUUGGUCUUUGUGGUGUUGACGAGGAAAUUAUUGCCCGUGAAUAUGCCAUGAGCAAUCUUGGUUACUGGGAACAAGACAGCGAGCUGCAAGCCAAGGCCGAUAUGCUUAAUGUAUCCAUCGAUGAUAUGCGUUUGGUCAUGUCAGCACCGUACCUGGCAAUGAAGGAAACCAUUCGCCGCGUCAAGGAAAUGCAUGGAUCAAUUGAAGGAUAUGUCCGAAAGCAUUGUGGAUUGACAAGUGAUCAAAUCGAGGCAUUGCGAGAUCUUUUGAUUGUGCGGAUCCCCUUUGAAGAACGUCAACUUUUUAGACCCAAGUUUUGA